AUGAUCUUUGUUUUCUUCCUUAUUUGGAAACUCAAAGCAGAGGAUUUACCAAAAGAUUGCAAAUCAGAUAGUGCAUCAGGACUAGGAAAAUUUGUUUAUAAAGCUUACCAAGGCAUUGCUCCAUCAGCUAACAAAGUUUUCAAAUUGAACCAAAUGAUUACUAGGAAAGAACCAAUUUACGAAUUUGAUCCAGACAAACAUAUGGAAUACCUAGCAUCUUUAACUGGAUUCAUAGCCGUUAUUUUAAUAAUUUUGGUAAUUGUUAUUCUUUUCUUUCUUAUCUCUCAAUGCGGUGCUUGCUGCUGCUUCAAACCAACUAAAGGUAAGAAAUUUACUUGGUCAGGAGCUAUUGUUCAUUUAGUAUUUAUUGCAGUGAUGGUUGUUUCCCUUGUUUUGUUCUAUUUUGCAAGUGGAAGCAUUGUAAGUGGUGUUAACAAUGCUGCAGUUUUAAACAAAAAUAUUCAUAGUUUUGUCGAGGGAGCAUUUGAUGCGGUUCUUUCCACUGUUGGAGCUGCUAUUAAUCUCAUUAAUGAUCUUGUAAAAAAAGCAGAAGAAACAUUCAGGAAAUUCAUACAUACUGUUAAUUCAACUUUGAACGAUGUCCAAUCAAAUGUAACUCAAGCCGUAACUAAGUCUGAGGAAGCAAAGAACUAUUCCGAAGGUGAAUUAAAGACAGCUGCUGACGAAGUUAACAAUGAGUUCAAAUCAUGUUGUAACGGUUGUGAUAAAAAAUUAAUUAAUAAUGAUAGCAUUGUUUCAAAAUUGUCAGAUAUUUAUUCAAAAAUGAAGGAAUUCCAAAACAACAUCCAAAAAAUUAAUGAAACUCAAGAGAAAAUACAGAAAUCCAUUGAUGAAAUUAAUAACAGUGUUAAAGGUAAGAUCGAGGAUUUCAGUGGUAAAAUUAAUGAAUCAAUAAACAAGGUUGAUUAUAAACAAAUUUACAAAUACACUGACGAAGGAGACGCUUAUAUUCAAAAAGCCAAGAAAUUAAUUGGUCCCGUAGUGAUCAUAGCUGUUGUAAUAAUAUCCAUUAUCAUUGCUGUUUAUGCUAUUAUUUUCUUCUUCAAUAAGGGAUGCUGCAGAUGUCUUGCAUGCAGUUUUCCAGCAUUUGGUUUUCUAUUUGCACUUUUGUUGGGAUUGCCAUGCCUUGUUUUUGCAAUUCUUGUUCCGACAUUCUAUUCUGCAUGUCCAAAGGCUGAAACAUUAAUUACAAAAUAUGCAUCAAGUGUAAUUCCUAGUGAUACAGACAUAAAUUCAGUUCUUUAUUGCAAUGGAACAGAUAAAUCACUUUACAGAUUGUUGAAAUUUGGAGAAAAGUUUAAGAUCAAUGAAAAACUCGAUGAAUUCAAAAAGAAAUUGGAAGGAACAUUAACUGCUGUCAAUGCAACUGAAACAUUAAAGGCAUUGAAUGAUGUCGUUAACAUUAAUCAGAGUUCAUUAAACCUCGAAGGCCUCACAGAAGCAAUUGGAAAGAAAGAUGAAUUAAAGAAGAUGACUGAGAAAUGUUCAAACAAAACAACGGAAAUAAAUGGAAAGAUUGAUGAAUAUUUCAAUAAACUAAACAGUAGUUUGAAGCACAAGUUGGAUGAAAUGACCAAGUAUGUAUUGAAUUCCAUUAAUAGGUCAAGUCAAAUUAGUCCUCAAAUGGCGAAUGCAACAAACACAACUCAAAAUCUUUUGAAUGAGUUCUUUGUUGAAUUUAAUGUUGUAGUUGUUGAUGGAUUAUCUGAAAAAUUACAAUGUGAUAAAGUCUGCUCUAUAUACGUUCCAGUUAGAAAUGCCCUCUGCGUUAAUUUAGUUAAUGGUGGCUCAUUCUGGCUCAUAUCAUGUCUUAUUAUGGUUAUAGGAUGCAUUGCAGUCAUGUUUACAGUAUGCUGCCGCAGGAAGACAAUGAGAAACCUUGAUGCAUCCAGUGAUUCAAGUUCAUUCUUUGUUUAUUCUGAAGAUUCUUAUAAAUAUUCCGAUUAA